GGGGCUCGCAAAGUGGCGCCCGGGGUCAGAGGUCGGCUCUGAAGGCAGCGCGUCCCCACCGCGGGGCCGGCCGGGUCACCAACCGCUGCCGCUGGGGUCAGAGGUCGCCGGUUGUCAUGGUAACGGCCGUCGUCACCGUCGGCGCCAAGUGAUGCGGCGGCCAAGUGCUGCACUGGCCUCGGAGCGGUGUGGAGGCGAACUGUGCGGCUCUUGCUGAGAUAUCUGGUGGUGUUGUAGGCACGUGACUGUGGUUGUGGUGACCUCUGAUCUCGCGCGAGACUCGCCGCCCGGGAGGCUGUGCGGCAAGCUGCUCCACAGUGAUGGAUCGCCGGCUUCCGCUGAGAAUAAUACACUCAAAUGCGCAGACCGACUCUGUGGAGCUGCCGUCGGGCCCCAGCCUCACGCCGGCCGUCAAACAGCGCCGCAGGAAGAGGACCCCGGACCGCGCCGGCGAGCUGGUCAAGCGCGAGGCGGCCACUCCCGACCGCAGUCCCAGCGGCUCGCCGCGCUCGCUGGCGUCGCAGCGCUCCUCCUCGGAGCGUCACAGCCCGGCCACGCCGGCGUCGAUGGCGUCGGUGGCGGCGACGCCCGUCACCAGCCAGCCGGGCGUCGGUCCGCCGCAGCCGCCCAGAAACUACAGCGACUUCAUGCGCAGCCUGGCCGCCAAGUACAACAACAACAACAGCAGCACACACAAUGAGUACUUUUCCGGCCAGCAGAACGGCCUGCUGCGCGGCUUCGACUACAGCCGGUACGGCCUGAAGCCGGGCCACACGCCGCUGCUGCCGGCCGGCUCUCCCAAGGAGGAGAAGAAGGAGGAGCCGGUGACGGCGGCCAACCCGCUGCUGGCCAUGCACCCGCACCUGGCAGCGCUCUCGGGCCUGCCGAUGCUGGACAUGCUGUCGAUGGUGCGGCCCGGCCUGACGCCGGCUGACUACCUGGCCAGCUCGCAGGCCGCCGUGGCCGCCGCCGCCGCCGCGCCCACAGCGCCCACCGGCAAGCGACCGGCCGAGGGCGCGCCGCUCGACCUGUCCAACAUGAAGCGACCUCGUCUGGACAAGGCCGGCUUCAAGGAGCUGUUUGGUCUGAAGGAGGAGGAGCCGCGCGCCGGCAGCGCCUCGCCGCGGCCGACCGUCGAACUGGCGGCCGCCCUGCACGGCUCGGCGUGCACUCAGAAGCCGUGCUCGACCGAGGCCGAGGCCGUGGCCGCCUGGGACGUGGAGCAGGUGUGCACCUUCGUCCGCUCGGUGGACGUCUGCGCCGAGUAUGCUGAGGCGUUCAAGGAGCACGGCAUCGACGGCAGCACGCUGCCGCUGCUGAGCGCCGAGCACCUGACCAACAUCCUGAGCAUGAAGCUGGGCCCGGCGCUGAAGCUGCGCACGGCGCUGAGCCAGAAGAUCGGCCACUGCGCCGUCUGCAUGCACUGCUCCCACUGCCACGCCACACCCAAGACCGCAGACGCCGCGCAAAAGACGAACUCUGCGUGAAGUAAUUGAUAUCCAUACGGUGAUGUCGCUUGGUAUUUGUCGAUAAGUAUGACACACAUGACGCAUUUAUGUAGAACCGUGCAAUUUCAGUGCAGUUUUUUGUUUAUAGCUCGUAUUUUUUUGCUGGGGUUGUGCAAAAUUGUGAAAUCCGCCCGUAAUAGCAGCUCCAUAGCGUGUGUACGGUGCAUUGGAUGUGAGUUAGUUGUGUGUUUGGUGUGUGUAUGUUUGGUGGUGAGAUUCACAUGCCGUCGAGGUGUGCGUUUUCUCUGAGCGACACAAUGAAUGACGUAGAAUGGUGUUAAACUGUUAACUGCCCUACCGACCAUGAUAGGAUGCAUUGCAUGAUUGUGAUGUAGCUUGAGAUAUGUUGUAAUUAUGUUAUGAAAUUAUUCGUGUAGCCCUCAAUGCAACCCUCUAGCAACCCUCAAUGUCGUUUUGAAUUGCACGGUCGACAUAAAACAAACAAUUAUUGUUUUACCAUCUGUUUUUAGUUUUGAAGGUUGAUUUGUCAUAAGUAAAGUACAGUCGAGUGAAGUUGAGUGCUGAAAACAUAAAUCGCCUCUUCUGCUUCAAUAACGACGAGUUGUUGAUUCACUUGAACAUCUCAAUCGACCAAAUGCCUACCACAACUAUAUUCGACAACGCAUAAUAAACGUACAACCCGUUUAUAUUAGGACUGCAAUAGCAGUUUUGUGUUCAAAUGUUUUACUUCGCAUUACUUUGCAUAUGUAUGCAACAUAUGUCACAUGUUGAACAUCAUGUUGAGAUGGUGGUGGCACCAAAUACACUAUUGUGAUAUGA